CGCGGGAGCCGGCGGCGGUGUCCAUAUCCAGCUGGGAGCUCCUGGGAUGUUUAUUUGUGGUAACCAGAAAGCAUGUUGUGAAGGAUAAUUGAAGCACCACACUCCACCUCAGCAUCUGACAGUGUUUUGGAGGGUGAGGGGAUCCCUUCCACACUCUGUGACAUCAAACUGAGAUUAAAAGGGUAACCAUGGGUCAGACCGGAAAGAAAUCUGAGAAGGGACCAAUUUGUUGGCGAAAGCGUGUGAAAUCAGAAUACAUGCGGUUGAGGCAGCUCAAGAGGUUUCGUCGAGCAGAUGAAGUAAAGAGUAUGUUUAAUUCUAAUCGUCAGAAGAUACUGGAAAGAACAGAGAUCUUAAAUCAAGAAUGGAAGCAGCGUAGGAUACAGCCUGUACACAUCAUGACUUCUGUGAGCUCAUUGCGCGGGACCAGGGAGUGCUCUGUUACCAGCGACUUAGAUUUUCCAAAACAAGUCAUCCCACUCAAGACUUUGAAUGCUGUUGCUUCAGUGCCUAUAAUGUAUUCUUGGUCUCCCCUUCAGCAAAAUUUUAUGGUAGAGGAUGAAACUGUUUUACAUAACAUUCCUUAUAUGGGGGAUGAAGUGCUUGACCAGGAUGGUACGUUUAUUGAGGAAUUGAUCAAGAACUAUGAUGGGAAAGUUCAUGGAGACAGAGAAUGUGGAUUUAUUAAUGAUGAGAUAUUUGUGGAGCUGGUCAAUGCACUUGGUCAGUAUAGUGAUGAUGAAGAUGAUGAUGAUGGAGAUGAUAUUUGUGAUGAGAGAGAUGAAAAGCAGAAAGACCGAGAAGGCAAUAGAAUAGACAAAGAGAGUCAUCCACCUCGGAAAUUUCCUUCUGAUAAGAUAUUUGAAGCCAUUUCCUCAAUGUUUCCAGACAAGGGUACAGCUGAGGAACUGAAGGAAAAAUACAAAGAACUCACAGAGCAGCAGCUUCCAGGAGCUCUUCCUCCUGAGUGUACACCAAACAUAGAUGGACCAAAUGCUAAAUCUGUUCAGAGGGAGCAGAGUCUGCACUCCUUUCAUACGCUCUUCUGUAGGCGCUGUUUUAAAUAUGACUGCUUCUUGCAUCCAUUCCAUGCAACUCCUAACACUUACAAACGGAAGAAUACAGAAACAGCAAUAGAUAAUAAACCUUGUGGACCGCACUGUUAUCAGCAUCUGGAAGGGGCAAAGGAGUUUGCGGCCGCGCUCACUGCUGAGCGUAUUAAAACACCACCAAAGCGCCCAGGUGGUCGCCGAAGGGGAAGACUUCCAAAUAACAACACCAGUAGACCCAGCACACCAACAAUAAAUGUGUUGGAAUCAAAGGACACUGAUAGUGACCGGGAGGCUGGAACUGAAACUGGAGGUGAAAAUAAUGAUAAAGAAGAAGAGGAGAAGAAAGAUGAAACAUCCAGCUCCUCUGAAGCAAAUUCUAGGUGUCAAACACCAAUUAAGAUGAAGCCAAAUAUUGAGCCUCCUGAGAAUGUGGAGUGGAGUGGUGCAGAAGCCUCAAUGUUCAGAGUUCUUAUUGGCACCUACUAUGACAACUUUUGUGCAAUUGCCAGGUUAAUUGGGACCAAAACGUGUAGGCAGGUGUAUGAGUUUAGAGUAAAGGAAUCUAGUAUUAUUGCUCCAGCUCCUGCUGAAGAUGUUGAUACCCCUCCAAGAAAGAAGAAAAGGAAACACAGGUUGUGGGCUGCUCAUUGCAGAAAGAUACAGCUGAAAAAGGAUGGAUCAUCUAAUCAUGUUUACAACUACCAGCCAUGUGAUCAUCCACGUCAGCCCUGUGACAGCUCAUGUCCAUGUGUGAUUGCUCAAAACUUCUGUGAGAAGUUUUGUCAGUGCAGCUCAGAAUGCCAAAACAGGUUUCCUGGAUGCCGCUGUAAAGCACAAUGCAACACUAAGCAGUGUCCAUGCUAUCUGGCUGUGCGUGAAUGUGAUCCAGACCUCUGUCUGACGUGCGGAGCGGCUGAUCACUGGGACAGCAAAAAUGUUUCUUGCAAGAACUGCAGCAUUCAAAGAGGAUCCAAAAAGCAUUUGCUGCUAGCACCUUCAGAUGUCGCAGGCUGGGGGAUUUUCAUCAAAGAUCCUGUACAGAAGAAUGAAUUCAUCUCUGAGUACUGUGGUGAGAUUAUUUCUCAGGAUGAGGCAGAUAGAAGAGGAAAGGUAUACGAUAAGUACAUGUGCAGCUUUCUGUUCAACUUGAAUAAUGAUUUUGUGGUUGAUGCAACACGGAAGGGCAACAAAAUUCGAUUUGCAAACCAUUCAGUAAAUCCCAACUGCUAUGCAAAAGUUAUGAUGGUUAAUGGAGAUCAUAGAAUAGGUAUAUUUGCUAAGAGAGCCAUUCAGACUGGUGAAGAGCUGUUUUUUGACUACAGAUAUAGCCAGGCUGAUGCCCUUAAAUACGUGGGCAUUGAAAGAGAAAUGGAAAUCCCUUGAUACCAGCUACCUCUUCUCUCUCAAACAGAACAGCUGCCUUAUCUUCAGGAAUUUCUAGUACUGUGGGCAAUUUUAGACCAAUAAAAUGAUGCAAUUUGAAAUUCUGAAUUUGCAAAGUACUGUAACAGUAAUUUAUAGUAAAAAAUUUCAAAAUCAACUUUUUAUUGCCUUCUCACCAGCUGCAAAGUGUUUUUGUACCAAUGAACUUUUGCAAUAAUGCGGUGUGGUACACUUUUUCAAUCUUGAAUAAAGGAUACUUGAACUACA